AAAAUGGCCAAAUUCGUGCUUGCGGGUAGAGCGGAUUGCCCAUAUUAUGCUAAAGCAGAACUCCUAGCAGACUACUUACAAAAGAGUCUUCCUGAUUUUCGGGUACAUAAAAUUACACAGCAUCCUCAGGUUUGGGAGGAGUGGUUAAAAGAUCUGUGUGAAAAGAAUAAGUGGAGUCACAAAAAGUCCCCCAUCAUUUGGAGAGAGCUGUUGGAUCGUGGAGGAAAGGGGUUGCUUUUAGGAGGAUAUAACGAAUUCCUGGAAUAUGCCCAGCUUUACUAUGGUGUCACCUCUAGCAUGACCACUGAGCUGAUGAAGUUAAUUGCUCAAGAGAACCUGGAGACACAUAAGGAAAAAGAACUGGAGGAAGAAACCAGGAAAGAUCUCAUCCACCCUUUGCAGGUUUGGAUCACCAGUGCAUCUGGUCGUGUCUGCUACAACCUAAUUCCCAUCUUGACAAGUGGCGAAGUAUUUGGAAUGCACACGGAAAUUAGCCUGAAUCUACUUGACGAUAAGCAGGCAAUAGAAGAUCUCCACAUUAUCGUGACAGAGACACGCGACCUGGUGGCCCCCUUGCUCCAGAGCAUCUCCAUCUGCACCCAAGUGGAGGACGCCUUCCGCCAGGCCCACGUGAUCAUCAUCCUGGAUGAGAACACUGACCGGGAGGUAUACAGUCUAGAAGACUGCAUCCGAAGCCGGCUUCCUCUGUGUAGGCUCUAUGGAUACCUGAUCGAGAAAAAUGCUCACGAUUCCGUCAGAGUUAUUGUGGGAGGAAAAACAUUUGUGAAUCUUAAAACAUUUCUGCUUAUGAGAUACGCCCCAAAUGUGGCCCACAACAUCAUCGCCGUGGCGCUGGGUGUGGAAGGCCAAGCUAGAGCUGCACUGGCCAGAAAACUGAGAACAACCCCCUCGUGCAUCAAAAAUGUGAUAGUUUGGGGUAAUAUUAGUGGAAACAACUACAUUGAUCUGAGAAAAGCCAGGAUUUACAGAUAUGAGAGUGCUAUUUGGGGACCUCCUAACUAUUCACGCCCUGUUUUGAGCUUGGUUUUUGAUAGUGAGUGGGUAAACAGACAAUAUGUAGAAACUCUUAAAAAGGUGACAGCCACAGGAAAACAAUUUGGAGCCAUCUUGGCUGCGCACAGUAUAGCUACUACAUUGAAAUACUGGUACCAUGGCUCACCACCUGGGGAGAUCGUGUCUUUAGGAGUACUAAGUGAAGGCCAGUUCGGUAUUCCUGAAGGGAUCGUCUUUUCUAUGCCUGUAAAAUUUGAGAAUGGAGCUUGGGUAGUUCUCACAGAUCUCAAAGAUAUUGAAAUCAGUGAACCAAUAAUGACCAGAAUGACAAGUGAUCUCAUUCAGGAGAAACUUGUUGCACUUGGAGAUUUGAUCAGUUUUCAGCCCUAUCAAUCAGCAGUGAAUCUUUUAGAUUUGACUCCUCAACCCACCUCUGAAAAGCCAUUUGGUCAAGAAGCCAUAAAUGAUUCUGAAGACAAAAGUGUGGAAGAGCAACAAAUAAAUUAGACCAACCAUAAAGAUAUUUGGUGUUGUAGUACAUAUGGAAAGACCCAUGAAUGCCUGUAUUUAGGCAAGAAUAGUUUAAAAGAUUGGCUUCCACCUUAGAUAAUGUUAUGCUAGACAAUAGCAGUGACAGUGCACACACAAAAAAGUGAGUUCAAUCAUUUUGUGUUACCUGAAUCCACUCACAGUUUUGCUUAUUGUCCUAUUUUCUCAUACAGUUUGUUGUCAAUUGUCUUUUUUUUUAACUACAUUAAAAUACAAUGGUCAGCCAAUGCAUCCUUGCCUGUACAUGCUUCUAAGAGAGCCUCCUUCCCCCCAGAGGCCAUGCCUAAGGCAGGGACAAGAGCAGCCAUGUUUGCUCAGCUGUUCUCACCACCUUGGUUUCAACUGAUUGGGCUAGAAUGAACACACCUUAC